AGGGUGGCGCCUGCCUGCAGCCCGGCUCCUCCCGGGGCCCGGCGGACUCUGAGCUUUGCCCCGGCGGCUGGCAGGAGGCACGGAGCGCCCGUGAGAUCCCUGAGGCGGGCAGCAUCCCUCGCCCGGGGUCUGUCGGUCUGUCUGUCGGUCUGACAGACUGCUGCUGCGACCCCCGUGUCCGUGGCGGCUUCCGUGGUGCUGCCCUGCAGUCCCUAAAGCCUGACCCUGGCCGCGUGCCACGCUUUUUCGUUAAAAAUGAAAAUAAACCCACACAGGGAUGAGGGCAGUGGCGUUCGGGGACUCGAGGAGCAGCCGAGCACACGUGUGUCGGGCGGCCGCCAGGGCUGACCUCUGCCACGGGGCUGCCAGGGUGCGCACCCAGCCACGGGGGCUUCCCCAGUAAUAAAAACUGCAAGGCCAAUACAGCUGGUGCAGAAAUGCUGGGAGAACCGUUGUGGUUGAUUAAAACUCCUGGAAUUUUUGUAUAACUCAAAAUUUCUGCCUGCAAGCGCAGGUCGUGUGGCACCCCAGGGGCACAUCGGCCUUUAGCCGUGAGGGGGCAAAGCCAGAGCCGCCACACAGCGCAGUCAGUGGUCGAGGGCUCUGCUGGCACAAACGCUUCUGACCUGCGAAGGAAGCCAGCCCGUGGCUGCUUUUACAGCUUUUCAUUCUUGCUGGCGUGGGGAAUUCCUUGCUCCAGUGUAACGAGCUCUCGCUGAGGAGGCUUCCUAGAGCAACGCGUGAGUGAAGCGGGGAAGAUGCUGGGUGUGAUCUGUGCUGCGUGACUUCUGCUGUUGGACUCUUGUGUGCGAAAUACCGAAUGCUUUUACGUUGGCUUUGGAAAUAGCGAGUCUUAGAGACAAACUCAAAUGAAGUGAAAACAAUUUCUCUUGCUUAUAAGCGAGAAAAAGGAGGCUGUGAAAAGCCGCAACUGCUCCCAUGUCUGCCCGAGGACAAAAAGCUGUUUCAUCUGAAGGAUCCUCGAGUGUGUCAGAUUGCAAACAGUCUCUGCCCUGCCGUGUCUUGCAAAUAGCAGCCUGGCAGUCAGAGUUUGGCUGCUGCUAGAAGUGCUACAAAGGCUUGCCAUAGGACAAAUGGCAUUUAAUAGGCUAACCAGGCUGCAGCGCUAUUUCUUCCGCUAGCUUGCUUCCCUUCUGCAUCAGGAGCACCUCCCAGCCCUUCCUUUCUGUGCCUCCAGCUUGUAGCCUGCAUGGAGCCUUGUGCUCUGCCCUAUUUCUGUCCCUCACCUGUCCUGACCUCGCAGCGCUGAGGUCCUGUCUCUUCCCUGGCCUUUGCCUGUGCUCUGACAAGGUCUGCUCGGAGGGCUGCUGGGGAAGCCCUCCCUGCCGCCCCGUCCUGCCCGCACUGCGCCUUUCUGCUCCGUCUUCGGGUGCCGUGGCUGCGUGCAGUCGCGGCGCCGACUGAAGGCAGCUGAUAAGGCGAGAGAGGCGGCUGGGGCAGGCGGGGAGGUCACCCGCUGCGAGCUGAUGGGGAGACACGAGCGCGAGGGAGGGCUGGGAAGGAGAGCAUCCGGGAACACGUGAGAGCCGGGUCUGGCGGUGCUGGGUCAUGGCGUGGCUCACAUGGCCGUGGUGCAUGCCUGCUCGUUAUGUCACUACAUGCCGCCUUUUUUUCUUGCCUUAGGGGGUGUGAUAGCUUACAUCAGCUCUUCAAGCUCGGCAUCUAGCCCAGCCUCAUGUCACAGCGAGAGCUCAGACAGCGGUUUCCAGUCAUCCUCUUCGCCUGUACCAUCUUCUCCGAACAGCUCCUCCUCGGAAAGCAGCUGCAAUGGCCGGAGCAGCGAGGGCUCUGAUGGGGCACCAAAGAGCGACCGGCUGGAGGAGACUGUUAAACCAAGCCAGUCGGGCGUUGCUGGUUUGACAAAAGGCCAUAAUGGAGUCACAAAAUUCAAUGGAAUGGUUCUUCUCUGCAAAGUCUGUGGUGAUGUCGCUUCAGGAUUUCACUAUGGUGUUCACGCCUGCGAGGGCUGCAAGGGUUUUUUCAGAAGAAGCAUUCAGCAAAACAUCCAGUAUAAGAAGUGCUUGAAGAAUAACAACUGCUCUAUAAUGAGAAUGAAUAGGAACCGAUGCCAGCAGUGUCGUUUCAAAAAAUGUCUGUCUGUUGGAAUGUCAAGAGAUGCUGUUCGAUUUGGCCGCAUUCCUAAACGCGAAAAGCAGAGGAUGCUGAUUGAGAUGCAGAGUGCCAUGAAAACCAUGAUGAACAGUCAGUUCAGCGGCCACUUACCCAAUGAAGCAUUAGCAGAACAUCAAGAUCAAGCACCUCAAGAAGAGCUUUCCUCUAAACCCAAACAAGAGCGGGAAACCCUCAAAAGCCCCUCUCCCCCUCCUAGCUCUGACAUGGCUAAGGAAGAAGUGAUUGGUAUGGUCACUAGGGCCCACAAAGAUACUUUCAUGUACAACCAGGAGCAGUCUCAAAACCCAGCAGAGAUGAUGCAGUCCCAGGGUGGGGAGAGAGUGUCAAAGAACGCCGAACAAUAUAUGAUGAGCAGUGAGCACUGUGUUAGUGGGCUCAGUGGCCCUCAGUACCCCGAAAGUGAGCAGCACCUUGGCGGACAAUACAAAGGGAGAAGCACAGUGCAUUAUCCAAGCGGGCACGCCGUAUGUUUCACAAACGGCCACUGUAUGAACUUCAGCAACGGUUACACUCAGCGACUGUGUGAUAGGAUCCCAGAAGAUGUCUUUUCUCCAAACAGGAAUACCACUUACUCUUGCAGCACUGGAGGAAGAAUGCAUCUGGUCUGCCCGAUGAGUAAGACUCCCCACGUGGACCCAAACAAGUCUGGCCAUGAAGUCUGGGAAGAGUUUUCCCUGAGUUUUACUCCUGCAGUGAAGGAAGUGGUGGAGUUCGCCAAGCGCAUCCCGGGUUUCCGAGAUCUCUCCCAACAUGACCAGGUUAACCUUCUGAAGGCCGGGACCUUUGAGGUUUUGAUGGUACGGUUUGCAUCUUUGUUUGAUGCAAAGGAGCGUACUGUCACCUUCCUCAGUGGAAAGAAGUACAGUGUGGACGACUUGCAUUCGAUGGGAGCUGGUGAUCUGCUCAACUCAAUGUUUGAAUUCAGUGAGAAACUAAAUGCCCUGCAACUUAGCGAUGAGGAGAUGAGUUUAUUUACAGCGGUUGUCCUGGUAUCUGCUGAUCGCUCUGGAAUAGAAAAUGUCAAUUCUGUGGAGGCACUUCAGGAAACACUAAUCCGUGCAUUAAGGACCUUAAUCAUGAAAAAUCACCCCAAUGAAGCCUCUAUUUUCACAAAACUUCUUCUGAAGUUACCCGACUUGCGUUCCUUAAACAACAUGCACUCUGAAGAACUCUUGGCCUUUAAAGUUCACCCAUAGGCCUUUAGGUUUCAUUCGUACCCGGACUUGCCUCGUGUUAAACUGUUUUGUGCUAAAAUAUGUAUUUAUACAGUUGUACCACUUGUCGGAGAGGGAGUUCACAGACUGUGAGCAAUUGAUAGCUGUUCCAUAACCAUGCAAUAAUGCUUCAGCAGGUGCUUUCAGCUAACAACAGCGCAGCAUUCAGAGUCCUCCAGGAUGGCCAGACCCAGCUGUGCUGCACUUUUGCAGAAGAGGUUGCAAUAAGCCUGAGUAAAUAUGGACUGUUCUUUCACUUGGAAGUAGAACCACCACUGCCCUCUCAUGUAAACUGAACGCAGAAUAGCUGUGUGUGAGCAUAUGGAAGGUGGGAAUGGGGGGGGAACAAUCCUGUGUUAAUAGGAAAAUGGAAGAGCUGAUUUAAUUGGUCUUUCCCUUAUCUAAUAUAUGUAUGUCUGUGUCUCUUGAUAACUCACUCAUGAUUUCACUGUUGUUAUUCCAUUAAACCUGAUGGAAUGAUUUCAGCCUGCACCAACUCUUCACAGAGCGUGUGUUCAUGCCAUGUGUAUAUACUAUAAAUAGCUAAGUAAUGGGUGUUCAUGACUAUAUAAAGUACAGAGUUGUGUGUAUAUACGUGUAUGUAUAUAAAUAGUUCUAUACAUAAAGUAUACAUAUAAUUUCUUCACAAUAUUUUAAACUGUGAAGGAAUUUAAACUUACGAAAGAAGGCGAUCUAUGGAAAGAACCAAAUAGAUGCACUUUGCAUAUUGCUGAACUAAUAAUCUGAGCAUUUCUAAUUUUUAGAAAAAAAGUCAAAUUUGCAUUAAUACGCUGUGUUUGUUAAUUUAAAAAAAAAAAAAAGAGUGGCACCAAAGGGGCACAGUCAGAUUCAACUUCUAGAAAGGCUUUGUAGAGAAUCUCAAGUGGAGGUGGUUGUUCGUGGCACUACUGAGGUUGAUUGUCCAUGGCCACUGAGGUUCGUACACUCUGAUAAUGGUUAAAGAAGCACCAGAUGCUCUUCAAAAACUUCAGCACAGCCAGAAAGAAACUAUCAGAUGAAUAACAGCAUUUGAGGAAAAAAAUGUUAAAAACCAACCCAUGGUUGCAUUUGGGUGUAUGUGUGUUCUGUGACCAUUUAUUUCUUACCAUGUGUCAUUUUGCUGCUUCAUUGCUAAAUGAGAAUUUAAUAUAGAAAUGGGAGAUUGCCCAUGUCUCUUCACAGUUUGAGCUUUGUGGUUCCCAUGCCUAUUCUUCUGGAGCUCUCCAUCGGGGUGUGUGUGUGUGUGUGUGUAUGUGCAGAGAAGGUGCACUGGAUGGUCUGGAUUUUUUUCUUAAAAAACAAAAAAACACAAACAAAUGGGACUUAUUUUGUUUAUGCCAGUAGCAAAUUACAAAGCAGAUCCUUAAGGUUUAAGAUUCUGCUGCUUUCCCACCUAGGAAGGCGGUUGUCUGUGGGUUUUCUCCGUUUGUAGCAGGACCCAACGCCACAAAAGAGAUUAAAAAAAGUCAAAGCAGUUGUGUUAGCUGAUUACGUUUGUUUUGCUAAUGUGAGAAGGUGAUGUUCUGUUACCCUUGUGUUUAGUUAACUUACCCGAGAGGUUAAGCCCUCUGGGUCUUUCACGUUUGGUAACACUACUCCACGGAGAGGCAUCUCCUGUUCGUUCGUUCCUGCAUUUAGACGUGCGCAGCAGCUGCGGCCACAGCCAGGCAGCCUUCUUUCCGCAGGGCUCCCGCUGGCCGAGCGGGAGCAGCUCCCCAGCAGCAGCAACUCAAGGGACCCUUAGUCCUGCGGUGCAGCUGGAGCAGACGCAGCCCUUCCCCUGCCCGCCAGCGUCAGGAGCCAGGGUUUUGGGUCACCGUGGCUCUGCAGGAUUUCCCUCGGAAGCUGGUAAGCCGUCCUGCCCAAGGGUGGAGAGCAGGCAGGGGCAGGUGUCCUCCAGAAGGGAGCUGGAGACAAUUCAGCUUCAGCCUUGGCUGAAGCAGAGGAGCGCGCCCUUUCCCCUCCUCAGCACCGCAGGGAGGGUUGUCCUGCUUGAAGCUGCUUUAACCACUGGAUCCUAGCCCCUGAACACCCAUAGUUUUGCUAUCCAAAUAUGCCGUCAGGGCAUAUUGUCCUAAUUUCUGUUAACAGUCUGCAUCCUACCAGUAUUAUUUGUAUGAGAGCUUCACUGAAUUAUGCAUUGAACCAUUCAGACUUUAGAAAGGACACAGUCACAUGUUUUGCAUUAUCUAGGAGCUGAAAUGACUUCUUUGUAGACCCCAUUUCAAAUGCAGGAAGUAAAAACACUCAGUUGUUUUAGGAGGGAAGGAGGCUUCUUACAGAGGUUGCCACCCUACAACUGUGUUCUGUUUUGUUUUUUCUUUUCUUUUAAAACUGUAUUAUUAAGCCUUUAGGAAUGUAUAACCAGGACUGAGUAAUUACCGCUUAUUAAAUUUUAGUUAGAUUGACCAUGUAUGCCUAUAGAUAGAUACUCUAACUUGUGCAAUUUCAUUUGAAAUGAAUCUUCCUGUACAUAAUGGAAAAACUCGUGUAACAGAGAAAAGCCCCGCACAGAUUGACUGAACCAAAAAAGUGGAUUAAAGUACGUUUUCAAAGUGACCCGCGUAUUACAAACCCUCGCUGGACUCGUAGAAGAAAAUCUAAACUCAUCAUAUUAGCCAUGUAUUGUGAGCUCUUCUUUUACUGUGUCACUGGUUAUACACUUGUUAAACGCUGAGAUAAUAGACUUCAUGCCAGGCAUUCGAGUACUGUAGAUUGGGUCAUUGCUGAAAGAUUAAUGUACUGUAUGACUUAAAUGAAAUUUUUAUUCUUGAUUUUAUUCUUGAUUUUGUUCUUGUUUUAAAAGAUUAAAUAUGGGCAUUAUGUCAGCAAG